UUGGACUUGCAGGCGGAAGGCCAGGUGUCCCCUCAUGUAUCAGAACUGCUCCUCCUGACUGAGGAAGUCAAAGUGACGGAAAUAAGGUCAAGGGCAGCUUUUGCAUUCCACCCCAAAGGCACCACAGUUUGAGAUGAGGAAUUCAGAAGAGCAAACAGCUACGACAGUUUUACAGCGUCUGCUGCAGGAGCAGCUCCGAUACGGAAACCCAAAUGACAACCGCAACCUCCUUGCCUUACAUCAACAAGCCACAGGAAAUGCACCCCCUUUCAACAGCAAUGGGAGUCCAGGGUCUCAGAACGAAGGGCUGAGCACCCAGGACCAUCAGCUUGUGACUCAUGCUGCCCGCCAAGAGCCCCAGGGCCAGGAGAUUCAGGUGGACAAUAGCAUCAUGGAGAAGCAGCUCUCUCCAAGACUUCAGAACAGUGAAGACCUCCCAACGUACGAAGAAGCCAAAGUCCAGUCGCAGUAUUUCAGGGGCCAGCCGCAUGCUAGCGUUGGGGCAGCGUUUUAUGUGACGGGGGUAACCAAUCAAAAGAUGAGGACUGAAGGGCGGCCUACGGUUCAGCGAGUGAACCCUGGGAAAGUCCAUCAGGAUGAAGGACUUAAGGACCUCAAGCAAGGACACGUUCGCUCUCUUAGUGAGAGGCUGAUGCAGCUGUCGUUGGCCACCAGUGGUGUCAAGGCCCACGCACCUGUCACGAGUGCUCCACUUUCCCCCCAGCAGCCAAAUGACCUGUACAAAAACUCCGGUUCCAAUGAUUUCUAUAAAAACUCAGUGCCCACGCCUCCCCAGCCGAAUAUGAAAGCGAUAGAGCACCGGGGCCCUCCGCCAGAGUACCCUUACAAAAACAUGUCCACCCCACCCAUGAACUGCAAACCUCAGGACCCUGGACAUUUCUAUGGUGAUCAUCGCAUGAGCCAGCAGAGUAGAUCUGAUGGGCCUAUGAUGAGAUAUCAGCAUCCUCCUGAGUAUGGAUCAAUCAGGCAAAACCCUGAUCUACACCUGCAGUUACAGCAGAGACCCCCUCACCAUCACAGCCCAACUUCCUCCUUAACGUCCUUGGGAUCUUUGACCUUACUGCAGUCUCCACCACCAUCCAGAUUGUCUCCUUCCCAGCAUCAGCAACCCCUGACUCCAAAUCAGGGAGACCCAUGCUUUCUACCACGGACCCAGCAGCUGUUCCUGUCAAACCAGGUCCAUCAGGGAGAUUUCUACCGACUAUGCCACCCCGGUCUAGGCCAGCAGCAACAGCAGCAAGGAGAUUCCUACACAUUAAUGCCAAGAGCUCAGCAGAUACCUUCUCCUUAUCAGCAGAUGCAAGUAGAUCCUUUUGCCAUUGUUUCCAGGGCCCAGCAGAUGGUGGAGAUCCUGUCGGAGGAGAACCGAUCCUUACGGCAGGAGUUGGAUGGGUGCUAUGAGAAAGUGGCAAGGUUACAGAAGCUGGAAACAGAAAUUCAGCAAGUUUCUGAAGCAUAUAAAAACCUGGAGAAGUCUUCCUCUAAGCGGGAUGCCCUGGAAAAGGCUAUGAGAAAUAAGCUUGAAGGAGAAAUUCGUAGGCUUCAUGAUUUCAACAGGGAUUUGAGAGAGCGUAUGGAGACGGCCAACAAGCAGCUUGCUGAGAAGGAAUUUGAGGGAUCUGAGGACAAUCGGAAAACCAUCUCUCAGCUCUUUGCACAAAAUAAAGAAACACAGAGGGAGAAGGAGAAACUGGAGAUAGAACUAGCUGCUGCACGCUCCACCAGUGAGGAUCAGCGAAGGCACAUUGAGAUCCGUGAUCAGGCCUUAAACAAUGCUCAGGCCAAGGUGGUGAAACUGGAGGAAGAGCUGAAAAAGAAGCAGGUUUAUGUUGAGAAGGUGGAGAAGAUGCAGCAGGCCUUGGUUCAGCUGCAGGCAGCCUGUGAGAAGCGAGAACAGUUGGAGCACCGGCUCCGAACUCGCCUGGAGAGAGAACUGGAGUCUCUCCGGAUGCAGCAGCGUCAAGGUACAUCUCAGACUGCCAGCGCCUCGGAGUACAACGCCACAGCACUUAUGGAACUCCUGCGGGAGAAGGAGGAGAGAAUUCUUGCCCUGGAAGCCGACAUGACUAAAUGGGAACAGAAGUACCUAGAGGAGAGCGUGAUGAGACAGUUUGCUUUGGAUGCGGCAGCUACGGUGGCUGCUCAGAGGGACACAACUGUGAUCAGCCACUCGCCUAAUGCUAGCUACGACACCUCCUUGGAAGCUCGCAUUCAGAAGGAAGAAGAGGAGAUCCUGAUGGCCAAUAGGCGGUGUCUUGACAUGGAGGGCAGGAUAAAGACUCUCCAUGCUCAGAUCAUUGAAAAGGAUGCCAUGAUUAAAGUCCUCCAGCAGCGCUCCCGGAAAGAGACCAGUAAGACAGAUCAGCUAUCUUCAAUGAGACCAGCUAAGUCCCUGAUGUCAAUUUCUAACACUGGGUCAGGCUUGCUGUCCCACUCUUCAACACUGAGCAGCACUCCCAUAUUGGAAGAGAAGAGGGAGGACAAAAGCUGGAAGGGCAGUUUAGGUGUUCUGCUGGGUCCAGAAUAUCGCUCGGAAUCCAUUCCUUCAACUCCCUCGCCGGUCCUUCCCUCCACCCCGCUGCUGUCUGCACACUCGAAAACAGGCAGCCGAGAUUGCAGCACGCAGACAGACAGGGGAAGUGAACAAAAUAAAGCUGCUUCCUCUGCGGUGGCCCUUGUACCAGGGCGACUCCCCACUACCAGUGUGCCCUACAAUUCAGACAAAACAGAUGGGCCAGUUUUCCACUCCAGCACUUUGGAAAGAAAACCGCCUGUUCACAGUUUGGGGCAGGACCUCACUGAUGCAGAAAUGGUGGAAUACCUCAUCUGA